AUGACGAUAUCACUGGACACAGAUACCAGGACUGCCAAUGGCUUAUCCGGCCAGGCAGUGAAGCUCUGGGAGCACCCAUCACCAAAGUCAACCCACCUCUGGCAAUUUGUUGAGCGGCUUAACAAGACUUACAACCUCCAAUUGAAGAGCUAUGAGGAAGCCCAUUCGUGGAGCACUAACAACAUUGCGAAGCUCUGGGGCGAAGUAUGGCAAUACUGUGGCAUACGAGCGUCCCAGCAGUACACUGAGGUCGUGGAUGAAAUGGCGCCGAUAUUCCCUCGUCCUAGCUUUUUCCAAGGUGCAAGGCUCAACUUUGCGGAGAAUCUUUUAUACCCUACACAACACGUCGACCCGAACUCCCCAGCCGUCAUCGCAGCCACGGAAACGACCCGCGAGACUGUCAGCUGGGCUGAACUACAGGAGCGCGUGCGGCAAUGUCAGGCAGGCAUGAUAGCACUCGAUCUGAAAGAAGGCGACAGAGUAGCAGGCUAUGUCGCAAACCAUACCAACGCCUUGGUCGCGAUGUUGGCUGCGACUUCGCUGGGAUGCAUCUGGACGGCAGUCAGUCCGGACACAGGCGUCACAGCUGUACUUGAUCGAAUGCAACAGAUCGAGCCGGCGCUGCUGUUUACGGACAAUGCGGCCUUCUACAAUGGCCGAAGUCACCCUGUCAUGGACAAGCUUGUCGACAUUGUCGCAGCCCUACCCACUCUGCAGGCUGUCGUGAUGCUUCAAACGGUGCAGACGGUAGACAUCGACACAUCCACGAUCAAGAUGUCCUCGGGCAAAGCGUACGACUACGCGUCUUUUGUCGCGCUGGGCGACCAGAACUCUGCCAUGAUAUUUGCUCAACUACCAGCAGAUCAUCCGGUGUAUAUCCUGUACAGCUCUGGUACUACGGGAGCGCCCAAAUGUAUCGUGCAUGGCGCAAUCGGCACCCUGAUGCAACAUAAGAAGGAGCAUAUCCUUCAUUGCGACAUUCGAUCAGGCGACCGCCUGUUUUACUUCACGACCUGCACAUGGAUGAUGUGGCACUGGCUCGUCUCCGGCCUUGCAUCUGGCGCUACUCUCGUCCUCUACGACGGAUCUCCCUUCCGCUCCGUCUCACCCGACGAUCCGUUGACCUCUGUUCCCGAUGAUCUGGCUAUGCCGCGAUUAAUAGACGAGUUGGGAAUCACGCAUUUCGGUACAUCAGCAAAAUAUCUCUCGGUGCUGGAACAGAAAGGCUGCAAACCUCUAAACGAGUUGGGCCUCGAAACCCUGCAAGCCAUCUAUUCCACCGGCUCUCCCCUCGCGCCAUCAACGUUCCAGUACGUGUACGACGCCUUCCCUAAGAGAAUCAACUUGGGCAGUAUCACCGGUGGCACAGACAUCAUCUCUCUGUUCGGUGCACCCAACCCACUCCUCCCCGUUCACGCAGGCGAGAUCCAGUGUCUCGGUCUCGGCAUGGCCUGCGCGGCCUAUGACUACGCCGGUAACGACAUCACGAGCACGGGCGAAGCCGGCGAUUUGGUAUGCACCAAGCCAUUCCCGUGCCAGCCAGUGGCGUUCUGGGGCAAAGAAGGCGCCAAGAAGUACCGCUCGAGCUACUUUGAGAAAUUCAAAGGCGUGUGGCAUCACGGUGACUUUGUGCGCUUCAAUCCCGAGACAAAGGGAUUGGUUAUGCUUGGUCGUAGUGAUGGGAUACUCAAGCCGGCUGGUGUGCGGUUUGGCUCGGCGGAGAUCUACAACGUCUUGCUCAAGCACUUUGCGGACAAGGUGGCUGAUGCUUUGUGCAUUGGUCGUCGUAGGGAGAAUAUCGAUGCGGAUGAAACGGUGUGCUUGUUCUUGAAGAUGGCUGAGGGGAAGGAGUUCUCGGAACAGCUGGCGGAUAGGAUAAAGAAGACGAUUAAAGAGGAGUUGUCGGCGAGACACGUGCCUGGUAUCGUGGAGGAGUGCCCGGAGAUCCCGGUGACAACAAACGGCAAGAAGGUUGAGGGCGCAGUGAAGCAAAUUCUCUGCGGUCUGAACGUCAAGACUUCCGCCUCUGUUGCAAAUGCCGACUGCCUGGAUUGGUACCGUGACUGGGCCAAGGCUCAUGCCUGA